GUAGCGUCUCAAAGGAAUAUAGCGUUGUUCAGAGAGAAAAAGAAUAUUGCGUUAUGGAGGUUUUACAUUUCCGGUUCCGGAUGGCGUGAUGAAGCAGAUCGGCGCCAACAUCGUCGAGUGCCUCCUCCGGUCAUCCUUGGAAUCAGCGUAGAAACAAAAACCCAGAAAUACGGAAAUAAAUACUUGGAAUCAUCUAGUGAUGGCUGUUGUUGAGAAUGGUUCGAAUCAAGGUGCCUCUCCUGUGUCUAACGAUCAGGAUCAAACCAAGCAAAACCAUGGAAGGGGAAGAGUCGAUCAGAAUCUGCACCAGAACGAUCAAGGGUUGUACAGCAAGAUCGGUGGCCCGCAUCAUCGAUCCAACAGUGGGGAUUUGCAGAGGAGUAAUGGUGAUGAAGUUGAGGACAGCUUCAACUUCAAGAGGGACAUGAGAGAGUUGCAGGAGCUAUUCUCUAAGUUAAACCCUAUGGCUGAGGAGUUUGUCCCUCCUUCACAUGCUAACCAUGGGUUGAAUGGAAAUGCGCUCAAUGGGGUCAAUGGAGGGUUUUAUGCUAAUAACUCGUUUUUACCCAACAACAAUAUGAACGGGAAUGGUCAAAUUAACAGCAAUGGAACUGGUAGACGGAAGAAAAGCUAUGGUCAAGGGAAACGGAGAAUGAACUGCAGGACAAGCAUGGCACAGAGAGAAGAGAUAAUCCGCCGGACUGUCUAUGUGUCUGAUAUUGACCACCAGGUCACUGAAGAGCAGCUUGCAGGUUUAUUUGUCAGUUGUGGGCAGGUUGUUGACUGCCGCAUUUGUGGUGAUCCCAAUUCUGUCCUCCGUUUUGCCUUUAUUGAGUUUACUAACGAAGAGGGGGCACAGACAGCUCUGAGUCUCUCAGGGACAAUGCUUGGAUUCUAUCCUCUAAAGGUCUUGCCUUCCAAAACAGCAAUUGCACCUGUUAACCCAACAUUUUUGCCUAGGAAUGAAGAUGAACGUGAAAUGUGUGCAAGAACUAUCUAUUGUACAAACAUUGAUAAGAAGGUAUCUCAAGCAGAUGUUAAGCUCCUUUUUGAAUCAGUCUGUGGGGAGGUUUAUCGCUUAAGGUUACUAGGAGACUAUCAUCAUUCCACUCGUAUUGCUUUUGUGGAGUUUGUACUGGCUGAAAGCGCAAUUGCUGCUCUCAAUUGUAGUGGUGUGGUUUUGGGAUCACUGCCUAUAAGGGUAAGCCCAUCAAAGACCCCAGUCCGGCCACGCACUCCUCGUCUUCCCAUUAAUUGAGCCAUCUUGGUGUCCCAGAUUGAUUUAGUACUGGUCCAUAUAUUAAAAUACAUACACACACAUGUAAAGAUGUUUCUCAUUUCUGUUUAUUUGCACUUUUUUCCCCGUGGUAGUAAGCCUGUGAGCAUCAUUAUAAACUCUAAUAUGGAUCACCUUUUGUCUAUCUAGGCAAUGCCUGGAGUUGGAUGGAACCUUGAGGCUUUGAAAGAUAUUUUAUGCUAUUGCCUAGUAGUUUGGACUUGGUUUGUCCCGAAUUAAUCUUCCAUUGGCCUCUCUGUUCACUCUGUAGUAACUGUUAUAUAUUGGUCCUGCUGAUGAACUGUAUUUCAGGGCAAAGAUUCAAGAUGGGUGAAUCCCCUCGUUACCAAAACAUUUAAGAGUUAGGACUCAUAAACACAAUUCUCGUUUUUAAUAAUGGAGGGAUUCAAACCCAUUUCUUAUGAUUAUGGUUUGAGGAAAAUGCAUCUUAGCUGUUGAGCUGCAAGCUUGAUUCUGGUCCUUGUGGAAAUUGUCCUUAAAGCUGCUAAAUUCCCAUGUCGACGAGGACAAAAGUAAUGUAACAGAAAAGGCUCUGUGACACAACAGAUUCGUCCCUCUUAUGUUAAUGAAAACGCGCAUGGUACGUUGUCCCCUUCAACUUAGCUUCUCAGCUGCUCUCUCCAGCCAGUUGUACCUACGCUGCUUCUCCUUUAUUCAAUGCCUUUCAUCUGUAUUUUUGAACCAACCAUGGGCAAUGGUUGCCAUUGUUUUUCAUCCUAUAAAUCUCAUCGGAAAGCCUGGAAAGGUUUACGUUUCUCAGAAGUCAGAAACCGGAAUUUAUGGAUACUUGUACUGAUAAUUCUACUCAUCCGGUAGACAUGGAGCCUGCAAAUGGGGUUAAGAGAAUUAAAUUGGUUAUGAAAAAGAAAGAGCUCCGAGAAUUGCUGUCGAAGAAGAUAUUUAC